CCAGGCUCCAAAAACACCGCGCACCACGCCGCUACAAUCGCCCUGGGCCAUGUCUGCACUACUUUCUUGCAGUCACAUGGGGACAUCGGCCGUUCGCCUGGAAACGUGCCGCCAACUCGGCACAUGUGCAACCGGAUGAACAUUAUCCGGACAAUCUUGCCGACAUUUUGUGUAUUCGUCAACAAGGACGAUGGAGAUCAACGCGCUGUUCGGGGUAAAGAACCAAGUUGUGCUCAUCACGGGUGGGUCUCGCGGCAUCGGCAAGAUGAUGGCGGAGGGAUUUGUCCGCAACGGCGCCAAAGUAUACAUAUCAGCUCGGAGCGACAAGGUGUGCCAAGAGACUGCCGCCGAACUCAGUGCCAUGGGCCCGGGCAAGUGCAUCCCUCUUCCCCAAGACGUGAGCACGAUCGAAGGCUGCCAACUCCUUGCGAAUGCGUUGCAAGAGCGAGAGUCCAAACUCCACGUGCUCAUCAACAACUCGGGUGUAGCUUGGGGUGGGGGCUUUGACACCCACAACGCCAAAGCGUGGAGCAAGGUGAUGGAUCUGAACGUCACGGCGCCGUUCUUCUUGACCAAGUUCAUGCUCCCGCUUCUUCAAACUCAUGCGCGUGUGAUCAUGAUCGGGUCGAUCGCUGGUCUCCAACCUCAGGAUUUGGGCACGUUGGCAUACGACACGUCGAAAGCCGCAAUCCACCACAUGACCCGUGCGCUUGCGGUGCAGUUAGCUCCCAAGCAAAUCACAGUCAACUGCAUCGCGCCAGGGCUGGUACCGACCAAAAUGAGCAAGCAAAUCGCCACGGCCACUGGCAAAGAAUUCCAGGAGAUAGCCGACGUUGCCAUUCCUUUGGGACGUCCUGGAAGCCCCACCGACAUGGCUGGUCCUGCCCUCUUCCUUGCAUCCCCAGCCGCGGGCUGGAUCACAGGAACUGUGUUGGCCGUGGACGGCGGCCAAGUCUUUGCGACGCCGACUGGCGACAAUUCCAAGUUGUAGCGUCAGCGGAUCUCAUUUCGCUCGAGAGCUACCAACCCGUCCAGCCGUAAAUGCACCUAAUACACGAUCGAUCAACGAUCCUGCCUGAGG